AUGGAGGGAACCAUGAAGAGCGGCGCCAGGGGGAUCAAAGGGAAAGUGGCUAUGGUGUACUCCAAGUACGCCGGCAAAGGGCAGGCCAAGCCUGCGCCGAGCGUCACUACGGCUCACGCCUACCAGCCCAGGUAUCCUUCUUCCAUCGACGCGAGGGCGAGCGCCCCCUAUGCCGCCGCCGGUGACGUCGACGAGAGGGCCGCGGCCUUCAUACUGUCCGUUCGAGAGCGCUUCAAGAACGAGCAGAAGAUGAUGAGCUAG